AUGAAACUUGGAAAGAAACUUAUAAUCUUUAAACCAAAAGCAUCAAAAACUCGCCAGGCUGUUUCUGAUCUGAAGAUCAACACAAGUAACGAUGAGAACAAAUGAGAUCGGAACUGAAACAAUCUUCCUCUGUCUUCUGGUCACAGCCGGAAUUCUAAAAUUAUUUUUAUGAAAAAGAAGACGCAUCUGGAGUCAGGGCACUUAAGAAUUGAGAAGAUUUUUGGAAACAACUAUCAAACUCCAAAGAUAACAAAGAAUAAAAGUCAGUCUUUAAUUGGGAAUACCACUUCCAAUCCUCAAGAACCAGGUAGCCCUCAAAGUCUAACAGCAAAAUACAAGAAAUUCAGGCCAGGCAGGCUUCUCAGGAGGAAUACUAAAAGCUUCCAGACAAUACCCAAGGUCUUCCUGAGUCCUACUAUGGAAACUAUCCAAGAGUAUCCUCAAGAGUCUCUUGACAACAUAAAGCCUCCAAAGUUGUCAAUUUCAAGAGAUAUUGAAGCUGGGGUAUUUACUCCUAACAGAACCCUAAAAAAUUGAGCAAAAGGGUCAAAUAAGUAUACAAGAGGGAAUAUACUUUGAACUUCCCAAUCGACCCAAAAACUUGAAAUUAGAUCACCUAAAAUGCUCAAAGGAUCUUCUUCAGUCUUAAGUUCUCCCCAUUUAAGGUUCAGGGAGAACAAGAAGAUGGAGAUCUUAUCAAAGUACUGAAACACAGAAUGUGAAACAGAGACUGAUAGCACUAAAGAGAGUGACAUAAAGUCUCCGUAUAUUAAUAUGCACUCAAAUGAGAGAAAGCUAAAAGUCCUUCCAAAGCCAAAGAAAAUCCCUUCAGCCAAAGCAUUGACAAUCAUGAUGAAUAAUACCAUCAAGGAUGUGGUGAAGUACAAGAAAAGGGUUUUUAAAAAAAAUAAGACGAUACCGAUAGAAUCUUGCCAAAGUUUGCCUAGAUUGCCCAAGCUCAGAUAAACUAUUUACUUCCCUUAACAUAACUCA